CUGCGAUGUGGACGAACUGGAAAAACAUCUCCUACCCAGGAAGAGUGGAGAAUAUUUAAAUCUGCUACUGUUUUCUUCAUUUUCCCUGAACAUUUGGAGCGUAACCUCUGAUGAGAUCCGUCAUCUCCGCUGAAAGAUGAUCCAUCUCUAGAAAAACUCCUCACACCGCUUUGGGUGCCCCGUUCUGACCUUAUGAGGUUUAAUCAAAGACUCUUUGCCAUGGUCCUCUCUGUUUCACUUCUGAUCCUCUUCUACUUGACCAUAAGUCUAGAGAAGAUCAAUACCACCAGAGUAGCAAACUUCUCAAAGCAGGUGAACUUCACAUCAUCCCCUGUGAACCCUCACACCCCAGUGAUUUCUGAAGACUUGAGGAAGAUCAUCCCUCAAGACGUUACGUACUGGAACCGCCUGUUUUACUCGGCAGUGACGAACAUUGAGGAUAAUGACAACCCUUCCAGGAGAGCGUACCCCUGGUCGGCCUGCAAGGAGGAGAACCAGGAGGUUCUGAGAAUAAACGUUCAUGACUUUGAUUCCUACCCUCCACUAUUCCAGACUUACCUGAAGGGCAUAAACUGCAGAUCUCCUCCGAUCCUUAUCAACCAGCUCAGGAAGUGCAACAACCACACCUUCCUGCUUUUUGCUAUCAAGUCAUCCCCCGCAAACUUCGAGAGGAGACAGGCGGUGCGGGACACUUGGGGUCGAGAUGGGGUGUACCAGAACGGGCGGAGGGUGCGCUCGGUGUUCUUCCUUGGCAACUACCAGCCCGAUGACCCAAACCUUGGCGCACUGCUGUCGUUCGAAGCCAAACACUUUGGAGACAUCCUGCAGUGGGACUUCCACGAGUCCCUCCUGAACCUGACCCUCAAAAUGGACAUGUUUCUCCAGUGGACAGUGAAACACUGUCCACUGGUGUCCUUCGUCUUCAGUGGGGACGAUGAUGUUUUUGUCAACACUGACGGACUGAUCCGAUACCUGGAGUCUUUAGACGCCUCUCAGGCAUCUCAGCUGUAUGUUGGACACGUCUUGGAAUCAGCAAGUCCAAUCAGGGACCCAAGAAGCAAAUACUACAUUCCUCCGACCUUCUACAGCGGGCCCUACCCUGCGUACACAGGUGGAGGAGGGUUUGUCAUCUCCGGAGAGUUGAUACAGUCUCUUUCUUUUGUUUCGAAGCUGUUUCCUCUGUUCCCCAUAGACGAUGUUUACAUGGGUUUGUGCAUGAAGGCACUUGGAAUCACCCCCAAGCGGCAUGAAGGAUUUCAGACCUUUGACAUCAGGAAACAAGACCGCGGAAAUGUUUGUGUCCAGAAGCAGAAUCUCCUCAUACACCAACGAUCCCCAAGGGAGAUUGAAGUAAUGUGGAAGAACAUCCACAACCCCCUGGUGUCUUGUUGAACUGAUGGAUCACCUGCACUAGUUUCCUUUUUUACCAUCUUACAACAGAUGGCUUUGGGGGAAUGUUUUCCGGUUACAGUUUUAGCUGGGUGAGGUUCAUGACUGGCACUCCACCAGAGUUGGAUGUACAAAUCCAACAUCUAAUAUUGUAAUGCUUGUAUUUCAGUUUUGACCUUAACUAAUGUAAGAUUUCAAUUAAUCUUUGAUCAAUUAAAAUUCAACAACAUUAUG